AGGCAGAAAAGCCUUCGCCCAAAAAGUCGCUCCCACGGUUUCCUCCAUGGUAUGCGCCGGAAGCUUGCGCUCCUGCUCGCCGCCGCCAAUGGCGCCGCGCUCCCUCUCUCCCAUACGAAGCAGAUUCACGCGCGCCUCCUCCUCGUCUCCCCUUUCAUCCCCGACGACGUACGCCUCUUUCUCCUCCGUUCCUAUGCUGGGCGAGGGGACUUCGCGUCCGCGCACUGCCUGCUCGACGAAACACCCCGCCCGGUCUCGCCGCUGCUCUACAACGCUGUCAUACGUGCCCACGCCCGCCGCCUAGACCUCCCCGCGGCGCUCGCGCUCUUCGCCAGAAUGCGACGCUCCGCCACCCCGCCCGACGCCCACACCUUCGCCUGCGUCGUCCGCGCAUGCGCAGACUGUUCAAGCCCGGACACAGCCAAGAUCGUCCAUGGCGUUGCAUCUUCUUCCGGCAUGUCCUCCCAUCCCGUCGUUGGCAGUGCGCUGGUCAGUGCGUAUUCAAAGUUUUUGCUCGUGGACAGUGCUCGCCAUAUGUUCGAUGGAUUGCCUGACCCGGACUUGGUUCUCUGGAACUCAAUGUUGUCUGGGUAUGGGUACCGGGAAAUGUGGGUAGAAGGGCUUCAACUGUUUUCUGCAAUGCGUAGAGCUGGGGAGGAGCCAGAUGGAUACUCCAUGGUCAGCUUAGUCUCGUCCUUUCGGAAUCCAGAGGCACUUGAUUUUGGUCAAGCAGUUCAUGGAGUGUGUAUCAAGGGCGGUUAUGAUUCUGGACACCACGUGAGAAGCGCACUUGUUAGCAUGUACUUCAGGUGUGGCUGCAUGGAAUCUGGCCAAACCUUGUUUGGUAAUUUGCUGGAUGCGGAUUUGGUUACAUGGUCUUCACUAAUUACAGGGCAGUUGCAGACUGGGAAGUAUGAGGAGUCAUUCAAUCUGUUCCGACAAAUGUGCUACUCUGGCAGGAGGCCUGAUAGCAUAUUGAUCGCUAGUCUUCUUUCAGCAUGUGCUUCUACAGCAACUGUCAGCUGUAGCAGGGAGAUCCAUUGUUAUGCGAUCAGGAUUGGAGCUGAUGCAGACGUUAAAGUCUCAUCUUCACUAAUGGAUGCAUAUGCAAAAUGUGGCUUUGCUGAGCUCGGAUAUUUGGUGUUCCGCCAAAUGCCUAAUAAGAACUCAGUCGUGUACAAUAUGGUCAUAUCAAACCUUGGUUCUCAUGGGUUUGCAUUGAAAGCCAUUGAAGUCCAUGAUGAGAUGAUUUGUGACAAGUAUAGGCCUGAUGGUGCUACCUUCUCUGCUUUACUUGCUGCUUGUUGUCAUGCAGGACUCUUAGACGAGGGAUGGAAGUUGUUUAGGAGAAUGCAAGAUGAGUUUCACAUUGUGGUUGAAAUGGAGCAUUAUGUGUACAUGGUAAGGCUUCUUGCAACAUUUAACCAGCUGAAGGAGGCAUAUGAUCUUAUACAGACAAUGCCAAUGGCACCAGAUUGUGGCGUGUGGGGUGCACUGCUUUGGGGGUGUUGUUUUCACCGCAAUUCCAGCCUUGGUAGGGUAGUUUCUGAAAAGCUCUUUGAGAUUUAUCCAGACAAGGCUGCUUACGGGAUCAUGCUUUCAAACUUGUAUGCAUCGCAGGACAUGUGGUGGGAUGCUGAGGAGGUCAGGUCUGAGAUAUUGAAAGAAGGUAUGCACAAGAACACAGGGAUCAGUUGGGUUGGUGAAGUAAGAAAAUGAUGAUUGUGUAUCCAUCAUUGAAAACAUUUCUGACAACCCUGUAUUGUUAUGGUCUGAUAGAAAUGAAAUCUUUUGAAACUCCUUGAAACCUUUUUUGUUCAACUUACCUUUUGGCAUGUAUUA